AUGAAUACUGAAAAUAAACCAUGUAUUUCACCAUUUACCUUUAAACUAGAAGAUUGCCUGGCAUGUUCGGCUUGUAUUGCUGAUUUUUCUGUUCCAAAAAUUCCUACUUACACAGAACUGAAAGAUGUCCCUUUAACAUUUUUAUUAUCACCACAUUCGAAAAUGAAUAUGUAUGCCCACUUUAAUAAUCAUAUAAUGUCCUUUAGUGAUUUUGAAUAUCACUUAAUUUCAUUUAUAAAACUAAAAUUUAAUGUAAUAAAAGUAUAUGAUACAUCUUAUGUCAAAAAUAUUCUGUAUGAUAGUGUUUAUGAGGAAAGCACGAGAGACAAAAUAAUAAUAAGUGACUGUCCUGGGACUGUUUCAUAUAUUGAAAGGCAAGCACACCAUUUAAUUGAAUAUUUAUCUGUUACUUCUACACAACAACAAGCCAUAAAGCUACUUGCUCAGGGGCGAAGUAUAAGUGUCAUACAGUGCUAUGAUAAAUUUUUAGAGAAUAGCGAUGAUGUUUUAACUACCUAUGAUUUUUAUAAAAUGAUUUUGGAUCUAGGAUUUUUACAGCAUAAUUUUAUUAAAGGAACCUGUGAGAAAUGGGAGAAGUGUACUAUUGGAUAUCAUUAUGGAUAUUUAGAACACAUAUUAAAUAAGAAGAACAAUUAUUUAACAAAAAAUGAUAGUAUAAAAAUAUUUAACAGUAAAAAUGAGGAGGUAAGGUUAAAUGGAAAAAGAAAAUUAAAUAUUAACACAGUUACAUUAAAUAAAAUUAAUAUACCUGAGAUAGAUUAUAAAUAUAAAAAUGGAGUGUUUACAUAUACACAGAUCAAAAAUAAUAAGAAAAAAAAAUAUUUAAGAAUAUUGGGUCUAGAACCUUUUCUUAAUUUUAUUAAGGAAAGUAAACAUAAAGAAUUAGAAUAUGAUGUAUGCGAAAUAUACAUUUGUAAUCAGGGAUGCAUUAAUGGACCAGGACAAUUGUAUACAGAUAAUUUAUAUGUAAAUAAUUCAGAAUACAUAGAUAUUGAUCUUGGUAUUGAUUGUAAACAGUUACAAAAAAGGACAUAUAGAAAAAUAGAAACAAAGAAAGUUAAUUUUAAAAUAGAAUGGUAA